GCUCUGUACAUUAUUAUCGCUCCGUUUGGAUUAUUUCAGAGAGCGCUGCUGUUGUGAUGACUGGGAAAGACGGCGUGCAGAAAGGAAGAUGAACCUUGAUUCUCUGGAAGGCUCGAUCCAGAACCUGCUGUCGGUGCUGUACCCGCCCUUCGAGGCCACCGCCCCCACUCUUCUCAGUCAGCUCUUCCAAAUCAUUGAUAGUCGUUAUCAGGGAGAUGCUCUGCGGUGCCUGCUGGACUUCCUGGUCCCAGCCAAGCACAUUUUAGACACUGUGCAGCAGGCUGCAUGUGCUCAGUACUCUGAUGUGCUGUUCCUGUGUGAGGGCUGGCCUCUGUGUUUGCGUGACCAAGUUGUGGUCCACCUCGCACCCAUCGAUCCGCUGCUACUUCAGCCGGGUGACUUCUACCUCCAGGUGGCCCCGUUCUGUGACCAAUCGGCUCGCAUCGUGGUCUGCAGCCUCUUGGAAGAGGAGGGCCUUAGAUUGGAGGUAGUUGAGGAGACCCCAGUCCCUGAGACCUCCUAUCCUUGUAUAUUCAGCCGUGAAUGGUUAGAGGAGAUCAACCAGGGCCGACAUGGAACUCUUCUCAGCCAAUGCCUGCUUGCUACCGAGAAUGGCGUGCUGAGGUUACCAUGGGAACAGGUGGCUUUGCCUGAGUUUGUGGAUGUGCCAACGAGUGCUUGGAGUAGCAUGGCCUCUGCUCCUCCUGCAAAUCCUCCUUUACCACCUCCGCUUCCUCAUCCUCCACCUCUUUCUCACUCUUCAUCAAAUCGCUCUUUUCCUCCUUCUCCUCCAAAGGAAUCUGCACCAAAACAGUAUCCCGUCACAAUUAAAAAUUCAAUUUUAACAUCUUCUUCGCAUCCCUCUGCUUUCUCUGUGGAGACCAGAAUAUGUCCAGCCAAGCACGGCAUUGCUGUGUCGCUCUGCCUGGUGGAUACCAGAGCUGCCUCUUCAUCUAGACUGGUCAAAGUGAAAGAGACUGAAACAGAGCCUAAGCCUAUUGGCUGGGUGUCCCCUAAUACAUGGGACAGCUGCAUUGCUGGGACAGACACAGCUUUGAAAACAAGCACUGUUGCAGUUACAUGCACACCUGCAAGUGGAGAUACAUGCAGUGUUACUGAAAAUAUAGAGCAGGAUAAACUAAAUCGAGAUACAAGCAGGAGUGGAUCUGCUGACCACGUUGUUGCAGAAGGGGAAUAUAUUGAUAUUCUGCAGGCAGCUAUGCUUUUUGGUAGAGCUCAGUCAGUACGUGAGGAACAGCAGAAAUUAGACAGGCAAAUGCAGGCACACGCACAAAUCGACCCACAAAAGCAGAGACAUCUGCACAGACAAGCACAAAUGCAACCGCACGCACAAGUGGAGUCGCACAGGCAAACACAAAGACAUCCCAACACACAGAUACCACCUCAGGCACAGCCACAAGCACAUGUGCAGUUAGCAACGAAACAACAAAUGCAAAGUCACUCUAGACCAGAGGCUUCUGGAUCGUUCAGGCCCAACAUGUCUGCAGAAGCCGUACCUCCAUCAGCUCUCCACCAUUCCCAGUCCCAUCUCUCUCACCCUGAUUCCUUCGAACCUUCUCAGUGUAUCCGCACGGUUCGGUUCUCAGAGAAGCCCUGCACCCCGUGCAUGAGGCGAAGACAAGGUGGGAAGGUUUCCAGAGCUCAGGAACUGAGGUGUCGUUACAGGGACUCAUACCAGGCUGCUAUACAAAACCCUGUCCCUUUUGGACAGGACAAAGAGAGGGGGAACAUGUUGGCUGUCGUGGAGGAGGAUGGAGAUUUCUCCCAGAGUGAUGACAGACGACAGGAGACAGAAACAGGGGAUCCAUGGUGUAAUGUACAAGAAACGUGGUUUGAUCCUAGGAUGCAGCACGAGUCUCUCCCUUCUGUCAGUGGAGCCAUCUGUAAGGAGUCAGGAGAAAAGAACACUGUCCCAUAUUGGAAAACCGGAGAUACGAACACUGCCCCCUGUAUGGAUUACAGAGCAAACAGUGUUUUAAAAUCUGGCGGGCAACCACAAAAGACAGCUGAGUGGACAACACUGCCAUUUCAGGAACCAAGGGAGGCCUACUCUGCCAAAAAUGAUGGCAAUUUACCUAAUGUGAAUGGGAAAAAUUUAGCAGCAGGAACGAGGAUAAAUACUGAUAGAGCUUCGUCAAGUCUAAAUCAUCCUCAACAGUCACAUGAGAUCCCUGUCAAACACCACAGAUUACCAUUUAGUUCAGGUGAAUUUUCAGCGAUAAACACGACCCUCAAGCCUCGUGAAAGGCUACAAAACAGAUCCAGUCCCAUGGGAAUGAGUCAAAACUUUUCCAAGUCUCAUUCAGCACCACAGAACAGACGAGAAUCCGUGUCAGAUGGAAGAUGUUCCUCCCUGUCCACAGCCGUGGUGGACACCUCAGAGAAGUGUGAGCUGGUGAUUGUUGAAGGUCAAAAUGUGAGGAGGAGAGAAAACACUAACCCCUGUGCAGAGAUCCCUCAGCUGCAUGUGGUCAAAUGUAAAAACAGCACCGCUUUUCGACUGGUUUCACCCAAGAUCAACAGGAGGAAGAUGGUCAUCCCAGACGGUGCUCAGCCUGUCGGUUCAUCCAUAACCAGCAGAACUGGCCAUCAGACAGAAAACCCCUCACAAACUAAUCCACCUCCAGCAGCAGAGCUGCAGAGGAUCUCCCAGCCCGCUUCUACUCGCCCCAGACCAGACCACCUUCCUCUGGGAACCCCAGACCCCAGAGCCCACCCCCUCUAUCUAGGAGUUGGAUCUCUCACAGGUGGCAGAGACAGGACAGGCAGGGCAAUAGUUGAGCUCUAUGGAGACCACCAGGGAUGGAGUUCAGCUGUAACAAGUCAGGAGCUCUUCAGGAUGCUGCUCUACUUUCACUCUAUCACCAGGAGAGAAAUCAGAGAAGCCGGAUUGACGCUCGUUUUCGAUGCCAGGAAGACAAAUCCUCAACCACAGCUCUACAAAGCCUUGAUGACAUUUCAGGAGCAGAUUCCUCAGGCAGCCAACAGUUUCGUGCUGCUGGUGGACAAGGACAGCAGCCCUCGACCAGAGAGGUGUCCCGGAGUCCAGACUGAAGUGGUGACAUCCAUGAAAGCCUUGGUCAAACUGGUGGAGGUGAACCAGCUGAGCUCCCGUCUGGACGGCACGCUGUCUCAGAGCCACUGUGACUGGGCCGAGCUGCACCAGAAACUCUUUCCCUUCAUGUCUGAUCUUCAUGAGGCGUCCAGCCUCCUUCUGAGAGCCAUCAGUAAGUUAGAGGAGCCCCAGAGGACGGACACUUUGCAGACUGUGCAGCAGUGCAUGAUGGACCAGAGGACUCUGAUGAGGGAUGUACUGGAGGACAGCCGAUUGGUCAACCUGCAGAGAGAGGGCGGGGCCAUCCUUGCAAGGCUGAGGAAGGAGAGUGACCUCAAAUACCCCCACUGUGAAGACCUCAGUGAUGCGGUGGAUUCUGUGACCAGCCUGUACAACCAAGUGGAGGAGCAGGCUCACGUCCUCGUGCAGAGAUCAAACUUGUCACUGGAACAUCUGGAGUACCUGCUGCAACUCAGAGAGAUGGAGGGACACUUCAUGCAGAUGCAGCAGUGGUUUAAUGUAGAGGGAGAGCGCCACCUGAUGGAGGCUGAAUCAGUCGAGGACUCCGGGGACAGAAUGGAGCAGAUACUCAACAGCUUCACUGGUUUCCUUAUUGAUGCUAAUGACCGGAGGCACCAUGCCAUGACGUUAGUGUCAGAGGCGGAGCGACUUCAACAGAGUGGGCUUUCCUACCCAGAGUCAGAGGUGUUCGGGUCUCUAGUCUGUACCUUCAAGUCGGGCCUGGAGGACUUUCUGUGCAGAGCGGAGGCGUGCGGCAGGGAGCUGCAGAUCAUGGUUAACGUGUGCGAUUUUUGUGAGCAGGCUACAGCUCUGGCCAGUGAAUGCACUGAGUACCUGGACCAGAGUCAUGCUGGAAUCCACUCAGUGCAAGACCAUGAUCAAACACCUGUCAAUCAAACAAACGCUCAGCCGAAACAGCACCAAAACAAAGAGUCUGGACCAAGCACCGCACAUGGCCCGGGUCCAACCAGUACCAGUGUUUUACUGUCGGACCAGGACAGCUCGAUCCUCCAGACUUUCCAAGACAGGUUCCUCCAGUUCAGCCCAGAGAGAUUUCAGGAGGUGAAGGCCCAGGCCAGCGCCCUGCAGGGCUCCAGGGGGAUGCGUGUCUGGAACGUAGCCUGGCUGAGAUGUCAGGAGGCCAGACAGCAGCUUCAGGAGAGGCUGCAGGACUUGGAUGAGGUUUUCCACCAACAACCAGAUUCUGAUACCUGGUGUGAUCGUCAUUAUGUUGACGUGGUUAGCACUAAUGUUCAGACAGUAACCCCUGGUGGCCAGAGUCUGGUGGUACAGUCGACGCCCGGACCUCGGCACCCGCAGUGGGAGGGCAUCAUGUCAGGAGAGGUGGACUUAGGGAAGAGAAGGCCGAUCCUGGGCAGCGAACGCACUAAUACAACAACUGCAGCUGUCAAACCCGAGGAUCACAUUGAUGCUGGAACCAGCUCGGGGUCAAAGGUCACUACACAGUCACCUGACAGAUCAGCAAGGAGAACAGAAAGAGAGGCAAGGAGGAGACAGGCCAGCAGAGCGAGGAGUGAGCGAGAUGCCGCUGCUCUGUCUCAGUCCCACACUGUCGGUUGCCAGUGGUUUCCAUGGGGACGAGGUCUCGGAGCGAGGUCGGUGAGCCAGGACUCGUGCACCACAGGAGUAGCGACGGCCAGGCCAUCCACACCUCCGGAGCAGCAGGUUCGAUCUCCGUCGUCCUGCUCCCACCAUGGUCAGCCGUCGUGUCGGAUCUUGCAGGAGGCUCAGAAGUUCCAGAUCUCACGUCACGGGAGCUUCUGCUCAGAAGACCCAUGUAUGAGUGAACAGGGAGCUGUGGAGGGUAACGGGACUUUAUGCUGCAAACACUCCAGCCUGCCCACCGGGAGAUACGAGGGGGGGUUUCGUUUGGCAAGUCCACAGGAGAGUUCCAGCAAUGCCUUGAGGCUGCAGCGUGUCCUGGAGGAGCUGGUGUUCACAGAGAGGGAGUACGUCCGCUCGCUGGGCUACAUCCUGACCCACUACCUCCCCCUGCUGGACAGACCAGACAUCCCCCAGGACCUCAGGGGCAAGCGAGGUGUCAUCUUCGGCAACCUGGAGAAACUCUACGACUUCCACAGCCACUACUUCCUGCCCGAGCUGGAGGCCUGCCAGAGAGAGCCCGCCAUGGUGGCCCGCUGCUUCCUCAGACAUAGUGACAGUUUUGGUCUAUACGCUCUGUACAGCAAGAACAAACCUCAGUCAGACGCCCUGAUCCUUCACCGCCGCCACGACAUCUUUAAGAGAAAGCAGCAGGAGCUGGGGGACAUGAUGGACCUUUCAUCCUACCUUCUCAGGCCCAUCCAGAGGAUCAGCAAGUACAGCCUCCUGCUGCAGGACAUUCUGGCUCUGGCUGGUUCAUACAGGCCAAAAGACAUGAUCCAAGAUACACUGCACGCUACUAGUGUGUGCGCACAAAGUGUGUGUGGCCCAGUGGCAUAUGUGCCUGAUCUGACAAAUGGUGAGAGGGAGCGUGAGAAAGCUGAGAUCCAAGCUGCUGCAGAACUGGUUCGGUUUCAGAUGCGCCACGGCAACGAUUUGCUCACCAUGGACGCCAUCCAGGACUGUGAUGUGAAUUUAAAAGAGCAGGGCCAACUGAUCCGCCAGGAUGAGUUCACAGUUUUCUUUAGGAAGAAGAAAUGUGUCCGCCGCGUCUUUCUCUUUGAAGAUCUCAUCCUCUUCAGCAAGACCAAGAAAACAGACAUUGGCAAUGAUGUUUAUGUCUACAAGCAGUCAUUCAAGACAAGUGACAUCGGGAUGACCCACAACUCUAGUGUGAGCAGUUUGUGUUUUGAGAUCUGGUUCCGCAGGAGAAAAAGCGAGGACACGUACACCCUGAAGGCCUCCAGCAUGGAGGUGAAGAAAGCCUGGACCACCGACUUGGAGAGGAUUCUGUGGGAUCAGGCCACUCACAGUAGAGAGCUGCGCAUGCAGGAGAGGGUGUUCAUGGGCAUGGGCCGCAAACCUUUCAUGGACAUUCAACACAGUGAUGCUGCCAUCUGUGACCGAGCCGUCAGCUGUGGGCUGCCUGGGAGAAUCCCUGUGGCGUGUUGUUCACACAGGGGCUUAGAAUAUCCACGACCACACUCCAUUGGCUCUGGCAGCACCGCCUCCACCACCCUCAGCCAAUCAUCCUCCUCCUCUGGACGAGGCUCAUUGCCCCCUGCUGGUUAUCCUGGGAAUCAGCUGCAGGGGGUGGAGACCAGUCCUGCUGUCUGCUCCACCCCUGAGGCUGUGACUGAAAACGAACUCAACAAUCUUCAUCUUCAUCUUCAUCAGCAUCAGCAUCAUCUUCAUCGUAAUUUGGAACAGUGGAAAGUUCAUCAUCCUCUGGUGGACAGCACUGAAUCGUCUUCAGAAUGUAUCAACCUCUUCAGCAGCACAGACCGCAGCUGCCUGUCAGCCAUUGCUGGAGAAGUGGUGGACUCCUCUGCUUCCUCAUUGGUGUCCCAGAGCUCAAAGACCAGCCCACCACUUUGUCGGACCCCCAGCCUGAGAAGAAACAGUUCUCCAGCUGUUACCAUGAAGAAACCAGGUGUUGCCCCAAAACCGCCACAUCUGGCUAGCACUCAGAGUGAUGACAUUAUGAUCGGGAAAUCAACAGAAGUUUAACCCUGGAUUCUCUGCAGGAGAUCACAAGAGCAUUGAAGCUGUUCAGUCUUCUGGUCAUCCUGCAGACGGACAGUUUAUCGCGUGAACGAAGUUAUUUUGUGUGGUGAUGCAGUCACAAGGCAAUCAGCUCUGUCUUGCGGAAGAAAUUGAGGUUUGGUGCGUUGGUUUCAUAUGUCAGUCCUUCAAAUGUGGUUGUCUUAAAUCACAUAUAGACUGAUAGCACCCAUGCGGUGAAGACAAAGUGACUUCCACAUGGGUGGCGUGGUUCGGUCACACUGUAUUUCAAAACUGUGUGGGGUGUUUUUUUUUUUUUUUAAGUAUUUUUUUGGCCUUUUCUGGCUUUAUUGAUAGAACAGCUGGAGAGGUAGACAGGAAACAGGGUAAGAGACGGGGAGUGACACGCAGCAAAGGGACCCGAGCCGGGAGUCGAACCGACUGAGCUAUGCGGCGCCGUGUGGGGUGUUUUUUACAGAAAAUGUGUGUUAGUCCUUUGCCCCAAGAGAAUCCCCCCCUCCAGUAUGUUUUUAUUGUAAAGAACUGAACAUCAGCCUCUACAGCUCCAAUGAAGUGACAACUAAAUGAAGCAGCUGAAACUAUACUGAGAAAAGACGCUUAUCCUCUCAAAAAGAGCCUGUUUUAACUCUGACUCUACUCAACAAGCUAACCGUGUCUUUUCAUAUGGGUAACUGACUUUCAUGUGCCUACAUGUUACAUGUACAGACUAUACUAUUCUUUCACGUCAAAGUAUUUGUUCAUAUAUUUUGUAAUGGGUAGCAAGUAUUUGUGGCAACUACAAUAAAACAGAUCGAUAUGUUA